AUGGCUGCGUUCCACUACUUCCCCCGCCUACCGGCCGAGCUGCGCGCCCUGAUAUGGGACAUGACGGCCGAGCCCCGGAUCGUCGAGGUGCACCUGCGGCCGGACCCCCAUCACACCGAGGGUACGCACCUGUACUCUCCGACGCCGGCGCCGGCCAUGGUGCAGGCUUGCCACGAGUCACGCGAACACGCCGCCAGGACGGGCCUCUACCGGCGGGCCUUCACAUUCGGCUCGGACCCCCGGUACACGUGGGUCAACUUUACGGCGGACACGGUGUCGGUGGGCUUCCCAGGGAGGGAGUUCCAGCACCUCGGUGCUGACCUGGCUCACAUCCAGAGUCUGCGGCUCGAGUGCGAGAACGACGACCUCUUCUUCUUCCAAUACUCGGAGGCCAUCUCGUCUAAUUUCAUCAGCCUGAGACGUCUACAGUUUAUAUGCGUCGACGGCGUCGAUGCGUGGGAAGAUGUGUGGAGGUUCAGGUCCUUCGGUCCGAAUUGUCCGACCAACAAUGUCACGUUCAUCGACAAGUCUACGGGGUUGAUGCUCGAUGGUCUUCUGAUGCGCGAGCUCUUGUACUUCAACUACCUUGACGCCUUGGAUCCGGCCUAUCUCAGUGUAAUUGAUUGA